GGAGAAACGGGGGGAGGGGUUCAUUUGUUCAACUGGCCACCUACCGCCGCCAGUUUCGGCAUUUCAGUUGCCUUCCGUCGAAUCAUCGAUUCAGCAGCACAUCUCUCUAUAGAUGGAUCCCUCUGGCAAAGUAGCUCUCGUCACCGGGGGAGCUGGGGGCCUGGGGCGGGCCUUCGCCAAGGCGCUGCUCACUGCAGGAGCCAAGGUGGUGAUAUCUGAUGUGGACCCAGCGGUUGGCCAGAAAGUGGUAGAGGAAUUCGAAAGCGAAUUCGGGAAGAACAAGAUAAUUUUCGUGAAGGCAGAUGUCACAAAGUCGUCAGAGCUGGAAGAGGUCUUCAAAGCAGCCAAAUCAACAUUCAACCGUCUGGACAUCGUGAUCAACAAUGCUGGCAUCAUGCGUGACUGUGUGUGGGAGAAGCAGGUGGACAUCAACGUGAAAGGCGUGGUGUACGGCCUGCUGCUGGCGUACAAGUACAUGGGCAAGCAGAACGGCGCUGCCGGCGGGGUGGUGGUCAACCUGUCUUCUCUGGCCGGCCUCGAGACCACCCCUUUCCUGCCCAUCUACUGCGCCACGAAGCACGGUGUAACAGCACUCACGCGUGCCUACGGGGACUCUGUACACGCGGACGUGACUGGUGUGUCGGUGGUGGCGGUGUGCCCCGGGCCUGCGGACACGCCACUCAUGAACGACGCCCAGCAGUACCUGCUGCACGACUACCUGGCACCCGUACUCGCGGAAGCCAUCAAGGUCGCGGGCACCUACAACAAACCAGAGUUCAUCGCAGAGGGCCUGAUGCGCGCCAUCCGGGAGGGUGAGUCGGGCUCGCUGUGGCUGGUCCACGAUGGGGACAUCAGCCAGGUGACCAUGAGCGUGCAGAAGAAGUGACCGCACCGGCAGCUCAACUCCACGCCGUCAGCAGCUUCAUCCUCCCAAGUCCCACACUCGUGCUGGUUCCCGCGCGCUCACCUUUCCAACAGUCUAGCAGCAUAAAAUAUUCUACACAUUGGCCUCCGAAUGCUGCUGUAAUCAUUUCCUGAUCGACACUGGCAAUCCAGUUCCGUCUACAAAGCAUCCACAAACCAAAAACUUUGCUCGAUCCAGAGACAUCUGUGGUUAGUGAAGAAUUGGAAACCCCCAUUUGUAAGAUAACCAUCCGAUACUGCGAUAAACAUAGUUCAGGAUCCUGUGGCGGAGAGAUGUCCACCUGCAGCUGACCCACUGAGGCAUUUCGUCACGUGUCACACAGGCAAUCGACUUUCCUGACUCAUUUGACAAACUUAGAUGGUAACUGUUGCUAAUGGUACUCCUGGUAUUCACAUGAAGCAAGACACUAAUCUUCUCCAUUUUCUGCGUAUUCUGCAAUGUUCUUUCUUCUGGUUUAUAUCCUAUAUGUAAAUUCAAAAUCUACAUGUUUUGUAUACUAUGUGAUAUAGUAGCUGCUGAUGGUAUUGGCUGCACUCGUGUGA